GUCAAAUGUCACAAACAAAGUUUUGGCGUUUAUUUUCUUUGCAACAAAAACUCAUUUAUAAUUGUAUAUCGAAUAUUUAUUAUUCGAAACAAAAGUCGGGUCAAUAUGGUUGAGCGCAUUCAAGAUUUGAAUUUGCCUAACACGAAUAUUAUAAAGAUUAUCAAAGAUUCCCUGCCAUCCGAUGUAACCAUGGACAAAGAGGCUCGAAUCGCAAUUGCUCGUGCGACAUCAGUAUUCAUAAUGUAUUUAUCAUCAAAUGCUGCUGCCAUGGCACAUAAAAAGAAUCAUAAAACUUUUAGUGCUCAGGAUGUUCUCGAUUCAAUAAAUGAAAUGGAUUUUAAACAUUUUACCAUUCCAAUGAAAAAUGCUUUAAUCACCUAUCAAAAAUCAAUGAAAGAAAAAAAAACAAAAAAAAAUUGCCUUGAAGUACGCAAUACAACUGUAUCGCCAACCAAAAGUGUAAACAAUAAAAAUCCAACGCCAACUCUUACUGUAUCACAAGACAUCAUCGAAAUUGAUGACAGUGAUUAGCAUAAGUCAUAAGAUUUAAAAGCAAGUUUUCAAAAUUUUCAGUAUUUUCAUAUCAACGUCAUUUCAGUCAUAUGCAUUAUUUUAAAGAAAGCAAAAAUAUGAAAAACACAAAUAAAUAAAUACAUAGUAAUUUUCAA